ACUCUAUCCAGGAUUUGUGGCUAUCAAUACGAAUAUUUAUGCCGUCAUUUCACUUGUGAUUGUUAAUCAAACUGUACAAUUUAUUAUCAAUGAUUUACAAAAAUGUUAACAGUAUGAUCCCUUGGAUUAAUUAAAUAUUCGUUUCUUGUCAUAAGAAAGGGAAAAAAUGGAUGAUUUGUAUUCUUCAAAAACCGCCUUAUUUUACAUAUUUAAUUUGAUCGUCGGCGCUGGUUCUUUGACAUUGCCUAGGGCUUUUUACGACGCAGGAUGGGUCCUCAGCUCUGUCCUUAUCGUUGUGUUGGCUCUAUUCAGCUACAUAACAGUGACAUUCGUCAUAGAAUCAAUAGCACUAUGCUCUUCCAUAAUCCAGUGGAGAAUGGUAGAGAGGAUGAAGAAAGUCACAAGAGAAAUCCGUUCGGCUGCAGAAGGCGAAAUGGCCUCGGAAGACGAAAUGGAAAUUAAUGAAGAUGCGCUGAUGCUGCCACAAGAAUACAUCGAUUUUUUCCCCAGUGAACCCCAGCGACUGUUCUCCCUCGACAACAAAGUCGAACUUGGUGAAAUGGCUCUGUUAUUAUUCAACAAAUUGGGUUUGACGUUAUUCUACAUAUUUUUAUGCCUGUAUCUAUAUGGUGACUUAACUAUCUAUUCCGCUGUUAUCUCUAAAACUAUCGUCACCACCGUCUGCACUUCGGACAAUCUCAAUUCAACGCUGUCUGAUUACUGCUGGACAAGUUAUGAUUUUAAAAGGGGUGCAGUUUAUAAAAUGGCACUUAGUGGUGUUUUAUUCAUAUUAGGACCAUUUGUAUUCUUCAACAUCCAGAAAACUAAAUAUUUGCAAUUUUUGACUAUAUUCUCUAGAUUGUUGGCUUUUGUUUUGAUGAUUGGGCUGUGCAUAAAGAGGCUUGCUAACCCAAAUGUCGAACACGGACAGCCUCCUCAGUACAACUUUGAAGGUUUUCCAGCACUCCUCGGCUCGUGCGUGUACUCAUUUAUGUGUCACCAUUCUCUUCCUGGACUGAUUGUGCCAAUAAUGAACAAGUCAAAGCUUAAACGCUGGAUCGCUUUGGACUACAUUGCAAUUCUCAUUUUAUAUUUGACGCUCGCCCUUGUGGCUGUAUUUGCGUUCAAUAAGAUCGAGGAUCUUUUUACUCUCAACUUCCCUCCAGACACGCUGAAACCAAAUCUGACGAAAGACUUAAUUUCUUACUUUUUGAUGCUAUUUCCCGUCUUCACCUUUUCGACUACCUUCCCGAUAGUUUCAGUCACUUUGAGGAGUAACCUUCAGGCGAUGUUCAUUUUCUGGCAGUACAAAUACAUUCAUACAUUGAUCAUACCAGUAAUUACUGUUGUUCCACCAGUUUUGUUAGCGAUGACCACUGACAAAAUAGAAAACCACGUUGGUAUCACUGGUUCAUUUGCUGGCAUCGUAGUCCAGUACAUUAUACCGGCAGGACUGGUGAUCUUGGCUCGGCAGCAGAUCCCACCGUUGCUGAAAAACGUGUCGAAUCCUCAUUCUUCCCCAUUUAAAACGAUUUUUUGGCCAAUAUUGGUCCUGACUUGGGCUGUCAUAUGUAUAGCAUUUGCAAUAAUAAACAUUACUUUGCAUAAGCAUAUUGAAUAAUUUUCUA